GUUAGAUUUUACAACUAAACCAUCUAAGUACUAACUAUAAUAUACAACACGCAUAGAUAAGCACUACGUGUAGAAUGUUUCCUCUUUGCCAAAGGCUUGAAGUGUAAACGGGCACAAGCCAGCUAGAUUAAUCAGACUGCCAAACAGAGAUAUCAACCUAGCCCCAAUAACAACACCUAUAAGAGAUAUACCAGGUUUGGUGCAAUAUCAUUCAUUUUGGAGGCUAGGUUAUGAUGUUGUACUCUAUGCCCAUAGAAGUCUGUCACUAGGUGAGCAAAUCGUUGAAUAUCCAUUGUGUCAAUUGGAGACAAAUCAUGCCCUACAUGGAUUCUUACAGUUGAACUUUUACGUUUCUUGAAUGACAAAUUCCCCAAAGGCGAUUAUUGGUGUAUUUACGAAAAGUCCCGCACUUGCAAUACUAAAUAUUCGUCACAGAGCAGAUAAAUAUACUUGGGGGCUCCUCAAGGGGAUCCGAAUUAAUUUUGAGAGAUAUAUGGGGUUGAACCCCGGUGAUCUUGAAAAAGCCCAGCGUAGCCUUGCACGUAGUUAUAGCAGUGCUAAGGAGUGGUUUGGACGUCACUUCCCUGAGUUGGUGAAGUUGGUUGAUAAUGGUUAUCUCUAUGCAAGAGUUGUAAAGGUGAUAGAAGACAUUGAUAAUGGUUAUCUUUAUGCAAGAGUUGUAAAGGUGAUAGAAGACAAGUCAAUGCUGACUGACAAUCACAUUUCAACCUUAGCAGAUAUCCUUGGAGAUGAAGACAAGGCAAAGGCUUUUGUAGAAGCUACUAAAGCCUCAAUGGGUAGGACAUACCUUGUACCUAUCUAUUUUUACGUAUAAAUAACUUUUAUGUUAAACUAUAUAUGUCUAAUUAUUUGUUCAAUUGCAUUUUCUUACAUGUAGGGCAUGAUUUGUCUCCAAUUGACACAAUGGAUAUUCAACGAUUUGCUCCUUGGUGAUAAACUUCUAUGAGCAUA